CCGAGCGUUGGCGGCGGCGCGUCCCCUUUAAGAGCGGCGCGCGGGCGCCCUCUGGCGGCGGCGGGCGGCGGAGGCGGCGCAGGUGCAGGUGCGGGAUCGCGCCGCUCCAUCCGCCAGGUGCGGACGCCGCUGGGGUCGGCUCCGCACGCCAUGGAGCGCGAUCGGGGCCCGCGGGGCGGCGGCGGCGGAGGAGGAGGAGGAGGAGGAAGCGGAGGCAACUCGGCCGUGGACCUCGGCUUCGGGGCCCUCAGCACCGCCCAGCUCCGAGCCUUGAUGCGCGACGAAACCUGGCUAGAGCGCAUCGUCAAGCUGAGCCGGAAGUUCCAGAACCUGCAGCUGGAGCGGGAGAUGCGCCUGGCCUCCAACUACACCUUGGCGAGGCAGAACCUGGCCAUGCAGCCGCGGCUGGAGAACGGCAAGGCCUCCCUGGCCAUCAAGUACCAGGAGCUGCGGGAGCUGCGGGAGGCCUGCCGAGACAAGCAGCAGCGCUUGGGAGCUUGUAUGGCCAAAUGGACACCCGAAAAUGCCCUGAGUCGACUCCAAGCUGAGCUGGAUGGAGUGGAAAUCAGAGUCGAGGAACAGAUGGAGCGCUUCCUGUGCUGGGAGCUGCCCAUCGAGAGCUUCGUGGAGACCUUCCAGCACAGCCGCAUGCUCUCCCACCUCCGCCGCACCCAGCUUGAGAAGCUCCAGGAGAUGCUGAAGCUGGAGAAGGAGAAGACCCCGGGGGAGAAGCCCAGUCCCGGUGGCGAGGAGACCCCCGCCAUAUCCCCGGCGGCCCCUCCCAUGGCCCCGAUCCCCGCGUCCACUUUGGCUCUGGCGCAGAGCGGGGCCAAGCUCUUCCAGCUCCGCUUGGCGCCGGCGUUCCUGAUCCCGUCGGAGGCCGUCCUGCCCAUCCCGGUGGCGGCCGGCGGCCCCCAGAAGUGCUGCCUGCCUUCCCUGACCGCCUCCGCAACGCACCCGUCUGCCGCCGCCCCCUUCGGCCUAAUUGGACACAUCCACUUGCCGCAAGCCCACCUGCCCCACCAGACCAAGAAGAAGGAGCCGCCUCACCGGUAGCCCGGCGGGACACGACGAUUGUAUCGAACACGGGACGUUUUGGUGCAGAGCCCUGGACCCGGCGGUGGGUCGGAACGCCAGAAGGCUCCGGACCCUUUGUUUCCUCUUUCUGGCGCCAAAUCCGACUUGGACUCCCCUUUGUCUCCGAAACUUCCCAAAUAGGCAGCUGUUUGGACGACUGUGGGAUCGGGACGGGAGCCGCCGUCCUCGCAGUCCCCAUGUUCCGAAAUGUUUGGGUGCCGUCUUGCGGCCACUUUCCCCCCGCCGCUUUCGUCUUUCGUGGGGGCUCAUUAUUAACCUUGACCUGGAGAACGAAGACCACCGAGCUGCCGAUCCGAGAAUCCGGGAGAUGAUCCGCAGUCCACCCCGCAUCUGAGGGGCGUGUGAAUGGGGGCGUGAGUGUGAGGUUGCCGCAAACGGAAAGGGACGGCCGGAGGGAAGUGCACGGCGGAGCAUGGUCGGCGUCUCCGUCCCUCUUCCUUGCUGUUUGGUGUUUCUGUUGAAAGUGGAAGGGGGUGUUUUAUGGGGGCGGGGGUCUCUUUUUCGGGGUGGGUCGGGUUCCGAAAUGGCGAAGCACAGGGUAGAGUUAUUUCGAGUUCUGCGACGGCGACAGAACGGAGUUUGUAACCAGCACAGGGACACGGUCUCCACAGGGUAUCCGGAGCGGGAGAGGUCGCUAAUGCCCCCAUUUUCCUUGCCUCUGCAAACAAACCAAUUUUUUGGUCCACGAUUCGGAACCGCAAAGUUUCAAGCAGCCACGACUCUCGUCGGUUUAGAAUUCGAAAACUCGAGAAAUGCAAUUUUUUUCAACCGUUUUGUACCACGUUUUCCUCCCUUUCCAUGAAGACGAAGAAGGCAUCUUCUCCCACCACCAUCCCCUUCAAAGAAAAACCAAACCCCUCCGUUUCCGAAAUGCAGUAGACUCUCAGUUAAACAAAACUCUCAAGCAACCGGCAAAAAAUAUCAAAUAAAUAGUCCUUUAAAUAAGAAAAUUAAAAUAGUAUUGUGUCAAAGGUUUUCAUGGCCAGAAUCACUGGGUUGCUGUGAGCGUUCUGGUCUGUAUGGUCAUGUUCCAGAAGCAUUCUCUCCUGACAUUUUUCCCACAUGUAUAGCAGGCAUUCUCAGAGGUUGUGAGUCUCUUGGAAACUAGGCACAUUUAUAUAUCUGUGGAGUAAUAUCCCCGGUGGGAGAAAGCACUCUUAUCUAGGCCCAGGCUGUGGCGCAGGCUGGUGAGCAGCCAGCUGCAACAAAUCACGCUGACCAAGAGGUCAUGAGUUCGAGGCCAGCUCAGAGCCUGCGUUUGUCUCUGUCUUUGUUCUAUGUUAAGGCAUUGAAUGUUCACCUUAUAUAUGUAAUGUGAUCCGCCCUGAGUCCCCUUCGGGGUGAGAAAGGCGGAAUAUAAAUACUGUAAAUAAAUUAAUAAAUUGUCUGUGUGAAUGUUGCAAUUGGCCACCUUGAUUAGCAUUGAAUCGUCUUGCAGCCUCAAAGCCUGGCUGCUUCCGGCCUGGGGGAAUUAUUUGUCGGGAGGCAUGUGGACAAUUUCAACCAUGAAAAUGAACAAAAUCUGGCUACCAACAUUUUUUUAAAAAAACUCUAAAAUUAGGACACUAAACAAAAAACAACACUCAGAAAAUGGGAAACAAUCAGGGCCAGCGAAGACCUCCCAACAGAGGAUUCCCUCAGGCAGGAAGCAGCCAGUCUUUGAACCUGCAAGGCUUUUCAAUUCUAAUCAAGGUGGGGUUGCAACAUUCCCACUUGCCUCUCCAACAGACACAAUUGCAACAUUCCCACUUGCCUCCAACAGACACAAUCUCUGAGGAUGCCUGCCAUAGAUGUGGGUGAAACGUCAGGAGAAAAUGCUUCCGGAGCAUGGCCAUACAGUUUGGAGAACUCACAGCAACCCAGGCCCAUUUGAUUGGAACCUUCACGCAAUCAGAAUGGACAUUGAUCCGGAAUCUUAUCUAUCCAUCUUAGGUUAACUGAGAGUCUAUUGUAAAUCUAGAAGUGGAAUAUGAAUAUCAAGUCUAGUCUAGGAUGAAGUGUUAGUUAGGGCUCUUUUGUAAUAGGAACUCUCGACAUUUAGCCGGAAUGUGGAUUAACUGAGAGUCAAUUGGGAAUCUCAAGACGAAUUUGUGGCGGUUUCUUGGCCGGGAAUUGAGAAUCCCAACGGAGGGAGGGGAUACGGGACCCACUUUCCCGGUCCGUAAGGUCCGGGUCGGAACGCCUUUCGAUUCCUUCCGAGCGAGUGUCUGCGUGUGCCUGGCGGGGAGGUCCUUUUUACCCCAAGGGACUGGAUUCGAAUCCUGCCGCCGCUCCCAGCGAGACCUCACUGCUGUCUUUUUUGUGGGAGGGGAAACAACGCUUCCUUCCUUCUCCCCUCCUUUGCCCAUGUAAACCCCUCUCUCCCCUUUUUUUGGAAACUUCAGUGUGGAAAACAUGACGUGUGGAAUAUUAUAUAUUAUGUCGAGCGAUAUAUAAUAUUCUUUGGAAUAAAAUUUUAAGUAAU